CAGCUGUUGGGGUUGCAGGUCUGCAUGGUGGACGCAGGUUCGGCCUCAGGCGGGUCCUCAUCUCCUCAUGGAUCGCGUCCAUGGACGUCUUGAGACCCGCGGUGGACAGCAGAGUAAGUCCCAGGACGUUAGAGACAGAUGUGUUCCGCUGGGCCGAACCGGGCCGGCGUGGCAGCCGUUUGGACCGCCGUGUUCGACUACGAAGCGACUGCGGAGGAUGAGCUCAGCCUCUGCACAGGAGACCGGGUGGAGGUCCUGUCCCAGGACUCCUUGGUGUCCGGGGAUGAGGGCUGGUGGACCGGGAUGAUAGCGGACCGGGUCGGUAUCUUUCCGUCCAAUUACGUCAGCAGACGGAGUGGCCGGAAGGAGGAGCAGGGCCUGAGGGAGAGCCAGGAGCAGCCCGUCCCUCCUCUGCACCUCCUGGAGAUCAGUUUUUCGGAGCUCACGUUGGAGGAGAUGAUCGGGAUCGGGGGGUUUGGGAAGGUCUACCGUGCCGUGUGGCGGGGCUCAGAGGUGGCAGUGAAGGCAGCCCGCCGGGACCCCGAUGAGGACGUGGCGCAGACUUUAGAGAGCGUACGUCAGGAGGCCAAGCUCUUCGCCAUGCUCAACCAUCCCAACAUCAUGGCUCUGCUGGGGGUGUGCCUCCAGGAGCCCCACCUGUGCCUGGUCAUGGAGUACGCUCGAGGGGGCGCUCUGAACCGGGCCCUUGCAGGGAAACGCAUCCCCCCGUGUGCUCUGGUGGACUGGGCGGUGCAGAUCGCCCAGGGCAUGCUCUACCUGCACGACCAGGCCGUGGUCCCCGUCAUUCACCGAGACCUGAAGUCCAGCAACAUCCUGAUCCUCGAGAAGGUUGAGAUGGAAGACGUCAGCAACAAGACUCUGAAGAUAACGGACUUUGGUCUUGCUCGGGAGUGGCACCGCACCACCAAGAUGAGCGCGGCCGGGACGUACGCCUGGAUGGCUCCAGAAGUUAUCCGCUCGUCCACAUUCUCCAAGGGUAGCGACGUGUGGAGUUAUGGCGUGCUGUUGUGGGAGCUGCUGACCGGAGAAGUUCCCUUUCGAAAUAUAGAUGGUCUAGCAGUUGCUUACGGAGUGGCAAUGAACAAACUGGCUUUGCCCGUUCCCUCCACUUGUCCUGAGCCUUUUGCACGUCUUAUGGACAGCUGUUGGAGCUCAGACCCUCACUCUCGGCCACAGUUCUCAACUAUUCUGGAUCAGCUCACAUCUAUUGAAGAGUCGGGCUUCUUUGAAAUGCCAGCAAAAUCAUUCCACUCUCUGCAGGAUGACUGGAGACUGGAGAUCCAGGAAAUGUUUGACCAGCUUAGGACCAAGGAAAAGGAGCUGCGAUCGUGGGAGGAAGAGCUGAGCCGAGCAGCACUGCAGCAGAAGUGCCAAGAGGAGGCUUUAAGAAGACGAGAGCAGGAAUUAGCCGAAAGGGAAAUCCACAUCCUGGAGCGUGAGCUCAACAUCAUCAUUCAUCAGCUUUACCAGGAGAAGCCUCGUGUGGAGAGCAGGCAGGGCAAAUUUCGCCGCAACCGCCUUAAACUCAAGGAUGGAAACAGGAUCAGCUUGCCUUCAGAUUUUCAGCACAAAAUCACUGUGCAGGCAUCUCCCACUCGUGAUCAUCGAAGGAGUUUGCUCAGCAGCAGUUCCAGCCCUCCAGCCAGUCCAUCUAUGCUGCCUCGCCUCAGAGCCAUCCAACUCACUCCAGGUGAGGGGAGCACAGAGAUGGAAAGAAAGGGGUCCAGGAAGAAAGGCCGCUCCAGAGGAUGCACCAUCUACAGGGAGCACAGCGCCGACGCCAGUGUGAAGCCCCCCCAUGAGGGCAGUAGACAGCGAUCCUGCAGCGCACCAAACCUCCGCAGAUCCCCAAGACACAGUCCAGCAGUGCCUGGGGUCCCAAGUCUUUUGGAGACAGAAAAUGAAGACAGCUGCUUCACCUCUGAGCUGGGGGCAGGCCCUUCUCCAUCCUACCUGUGUCUUCCCUUCCAGAAGGAGCCCCCCUCAGCUUCUGACCCUGACGGUGAUGGAGAUGAGUACUGUCUCAGCAGCCAGGGCCCCGAAGCAGCACCAUGCAGGAAGAGCCCAGGUGGGGGCCGUCGUUCCGAGUUGGUCCUGCUGGGUUGCGGGGCUCUGCUGGCAGCAGUCGGUUUGGGCUGCGACCUUCUGACGUUGGCCCGGCAGGAGGAGACCAUCAAACCCCGAUGGGAGGGCUUCUUUCACCGAGCAGGCGGCCCCCCAACUCGCAGACUGUUCUGGCGAGAAAGCCCGCUCAAGCCUUCAGCACCCCCUCUACCUGGUGGAAGUUUAUCCCCUUCAUAUACUCUCUUGUCCUCUAUGUCUGACUGCAACUCCACCCACUCCCUGCUGCACUCAGACAGCAAGGAGCUGCUGGUGCAACGCCCUGACUCGCCCACAUCCCAGCUCCCCCCUCUACAGGCAGCUCAUGGCCCAAUCAACUCGCUGGUCAACACUCGCAUCGAGAGCUUCAAGCGUAAUCCCCGCCAGUCUCUCACCCCCACCCAUGUUCCCUAUGUCCCCACUUCCUGUCGCAGCCUCCGCCGAACACCGUCAGAUGGAGCCAUCAAGAAGAAUUGUCCCCCCAACGGUCUGGAUCCCCUGCCAGAACAAGGAGCUUUACACAACACAGCAGCAGUCUUCAGAGCCUUAAAAGAGGAUGGUUCUGAGGUUCCUCGCCUCCCUGAUCCAAACCUGGUCUUUCCCCCAACACCUCGUCAUCGCUGUGCUCCAGAACGCCCCAAAACCUUGGACUUCCUGGUUCGACCUCGGCCUUCACCGCGAACUCGUUGUGACGUCUUCUCGGUCGAAACCAAGCCCAUGGGGACAGGACUGAGCCUGACGAAUGGCGAGUCCUCCAUCCACACAUCCAGCACAGACACUCCACCCACUUCAGAGUUUGGUAGAGACCAGGCAGUGCCUCUCACCCCCACAGAGGGCCCAACACCCUUCUCCCCCCACAGGAGUGAAAACCUGUUAGAUCAUUUGGACAAGGAACAGUGUCAGGAUGGGACGGUCCCACUCUGCAGGACACAGACCAGCCUUCACAAAGACUCGGCCGAUACAGCAGGAUUCUGGUCCUGA